AUGCGUCAUGUAGGUAUACGUUUCCAGCAGCAAGUCAUGUCUGCCAAACUAUACGACUUGCCUUGCAUUGUUGAGGUGAUGAAGACAGUUGAUAAGAAAAAUGUGUACAAAGUUACGGAUUUAUCACAAAUUUUGAUCUGUUCGCACGAUGUGGAACCAUUUACGAGCGCAUCAUCAUCGCCGCGCAGUGAUAUUUCAAAAAUAAAACGUGAUAAAGUGAUGAAGACAGUUGAUAAGAAAAAUGUGUACAAAGUUACGGAUUUAUCGCAAAUUUUGAUCUGUUCGCACGAUGUGGAACCAUUUACGAGCGCAUCAUCAUCACCGCGCAGCGAUAUUUCGAAAAUAAAACGUGAUAAAGUAUGGCAGUGGCCUCAUGGACUCACUCCACCGAUGAAGAGUGUACGUAAGCGACGUUUUCGUAAGACAAAAAAGAAGAAAUAUUUGGAUGCACCAGAUAUUGAACGUGAACUGAAACGUCUUCUGAGAGCCGACAUUGAAGCUACUUCAAGUAGAUGGGAGGUAUGUCUGUUUUAA